AUGAUCUCGGUCCGUUCUCUCUUGAAUGCGCUGUUCGCGUUGAGUUGCGUUGUCAGCUUUGCAUGGGCCAUCCCCACUCAGUUUGAAAACAUCAAAGUCUUGCGUGUCAUUGACGUUGACAGUGCCAUCGCUCGUGAAGAUGUUGGCAUUAGAGCCAAGAACAUUGAUACAAAGGCCGCCAGUGAAUAUUAUUUCCAUCUACCUGCUAUCCUCGCUCGAAACACUGCUUCCAUCUCUGCCUUUUUGAGAAAACAAAAGACUGAGCUCGAGGUCAAAUUGGAUGAGUAUGAUGACUUGACUGACAUGAAUGUCUACAAGGUCAUCUUAAAUGAGCCUGUCAAGCCUCAAGAGGAUAUCCUUAUUGGCCUCAAGAUUGCAUAUAUCCACAAUGUCAAGCCAAUGCCCACCAAGUUACCUCAAGUUGCCCGUCAACAUACUGUGUACGCCUUCAAUUCAUACCUUCUUUCCCCAUAUUUCACCAAGGAAACCAAAACAACGCUUCAAACACCUUCCAAGAACAUUGCUAGCCACAAGGGUGCUCAAGGAAAGGUCUCUGUCAACAACAACAAGGUCGUCUAUGGUCCUUACUCUGACAUUGCUCCCUUCUCAUUCGACAUUGCUACCUGUCAUUUUGAAAAUACCAAGCCAAUGAUUACCAUCACAACACUCAAACGUGACAUUGAAAUUUCCCAUUGGGGCAAGAACUUGGCAGUAGAGGAACACUAUGCUUUGCGCAACGACGGUGCUCUAUUGGAUGCUGAUUUCAAUCGAGUUCAAUAUCAAGUUACCGGCCAUUUGCAUGAUCAAACUAACGUGCUGAAGGGUCUUUCAUUUGACCUGCCUGUUUCUGCCCGUGAUCCCUAUUUCCGUGACGAAGUUGGAAACGUGUCUACCUCAAACUUUAGAAAUGAAAACAAGAAAUCAGUGCUGGAGAUCAGACCUCGCUACCCUCUCUUUGGCGGAUGGAAUUAUACCUGGUAUCACGGCUUCAAUGCUGAUCUCGGAUCUUAUGUCCACAAGGCGAAGGGCGGCAAAUACAUUCUCAAUAUUAACUUUGUUGAAAAUGUCAAAGACAUGACUAUUGAUAAGGCAGUUGUUCGUGUCAUUUUGCCCGAGGGAUCCACCAAUGUCAAGGUCACUACGCCUUUCAACGUCGACUCUGAAUCUGUUACAUCUCACUUUACUUAUUUCGAUUCAACUGGUCGUACUAUGGUCAUUUUGGAGAAGAGUAAUGUUGUCAAGGAGCAUGAAUUGUCUAUUCAGAUUGAAUAUGAGUACUCUAGCUUCCGUCUUUUACAAAAGCCUUUAGUUGUAUCUUCUGCUUUGUUUGCCUUAUUUUUCGUCAGCAUUAUUCUCAACAAGAUGACAUUCAAGAUUGGCAAACAAGAGGCAAAAUCUCCUCUCAAGAAAGAGUAG